UAAUAGGGAGUAAGGCAUCAAGAGGAGGGAGGCAUACAUGUAGCACACUGUGAGUAUGUGUUGUUUCUAACUGUGAAGUAGGAGGAGAGGAGCAACAAGGCGGAGGAGGAGGAAGGGGUGCUUCCUCUUUAGUCUGGGUUUAGCUGCUGAUGUAUCCCAGCAGCCCCAGCUUGUAGUGACAGAAAGUAUAAAAGCUGCAUCGCAGGGGGGAACCCUCCCAAGUGUCUGAGCCACAGCAUGACCAGGACCGAGAGCCUGAGAGUGUGGACCUAACAAAACAAUGCCAAGCUUAAUCGCCGAACCUCUCAACACACAGCACUUCAUCAUGGACAGAGAUGACAGGAAGAGAAACAAGAACAUUGGAAAGAACUUCAUGUGCCGACUCCAGUGCAUGUUCUCCCACUCGUCAAGCUCUGAGAGGCUAAGUUUAGAAGAUACCCAACAAUGGUCACAGUCACUGGAAAGGCUUCUCGAGUCUAAAUAUGGACUGGCUACUUUUCGUAACUUUCUCAAAUCUGAAUACAGCGAUGAGAAUAUUGAAUUUUGGCUCACGUGUGAGGACUACAAAAAGAUCAAGUCUUCAUUCCGAAUGUCGUCGAGAGCUAAAAAGAUUUACGAGCAGUUUAUCAAAGCAGAGUCACCGAAAGAGAUCAACAUUGACUAUCACACUCGAGAGCAGAUCAAAAGGAACGUCAAGACUCCCACCACGCAGUGCUUUGACGAUGCUCAGAAGAUAGUUUAUGGGCUGAUGGAAAGAGACUCGUACCCGCGGUUCCUCCGCUCAGACAUUUAUAGAACUCUCCUGGAAAACCUCGCCGCUGACGCCACAAAAGGAUGAAAGCAUGGUCAGGAGAAGAGAGAGAAAGGACAUGAAACCCAUAACUGGAAUGCUUGAGCUCCUUCAAGAGGAAGAACUGACAACAAAAAGAAGGAAGGAGGGUCAGCUAGUGCAAUGCACGGACACAAGCAGAGGCCUCGCAGCUCAGUAUCACCACUUUAUCCACAAGCAAGCCAUUCCUCACAAUGAGCACCACACACCUGAGGACUGUGCAUGAACAGGAAGCAGCCUUCAUGAUAACGAGCCUGUAGAGUGUGUUUGCACUGGAUGAUAAGUUUGUGUUGGAUGACUGAACACUUUUGACAGUUAAAGAAUCAGCAGGGUGAUAGGCUCCUGCUCUAAGUGUGCAGCUGCAUAAGCAAACCAUUCUACAGACGCUCUUUGCAGAGGUGUUUCCUAUGCAGAUAAAGAUAGAGGAUGUACGAUGCAACAGUCACACUCGAUUAACUGAAUGUGUGUGUUGAGAAGGAGAAUUUAGUUAUGGUGUUGAACUGUUUAAAUUUACUUUGAAUAAGCUGGCUCAUUAUCAAAUGACAGCGCAAAGGAAAACAAAAAGAAUUCCCUGCAAACAGGAUUUAACACUGACACUGUAUGACUUCUUUAGUAAAAAGUUGUAGAAUGCUAUUUUUGUUUUUGCAGGAGACUUUCUAGGACUCUUUAAAACUUUUUCCUUUCCUGUCAACCUGUAUCGCUCUGAUACUGGAUUAAAAAAAAAAACAAAAAAACUUCUGCACAUUCAUUUUUACACAUUUAGGCUGAGUGCAGUUGAUAUUUUGUACCAAUAUUUUGCAUAUUCAAGAUUAAAUACUUUCUUCCUAGAAAGUAUAAAUAGUUUCUUUAAAUGAAAAUCCAGGAAAUAUAUAUAUUUAUACUAACCAAACAUAAGUGUGCACAUUUUUUGGUUUGUAUUUUUUUUUUUUUUUUUUAUAACUUGCACUUCCUAUUCACAGCUGCUGACUUCAAAUUUGAUUCUUCACAGGGUGACGGCUGGCCAAAAUCCAAACCAAAUUCUUAUGACACUGAAAUGUGAAGAGAUUUGUGUAAUGAAACUUUUGAGUUUAAUAAUGAUAGAAAUAGGACAUUUCACUUUGCAUGAUGAAAUGUUGAAAUUCCUAUAUAUAUAUAUAUGUAUAUAUAUAUACAUAUAUAUAUAUAUAUGAUUGUAUGUAUGUAUAUAGGCUUAGGCUGAGACUAAGCCUUGUUACUGUUUUCCAAAGCACAUUGUGUGGAUGUGUUAUUACUUUGUGGUGGUUAAUAGUUCAAUUAACUUGAAAGUUAAACAAUGUAUAUUAUUAUUUAUUAUUCAUUGUCAUUAUUCAAGUGCAAAGUUUGCUGCAGUGUUGAAAAGCUUGUGAAAAUAUUAAUGAUUUCAAAGACAUUAAAUUAUUUAAUAGCUUGA